AUGGACCCUAACGAAGAACCUCCCUCAGCCCCGCCGGCAUCGACGCCCGAUGCGCCGGAUCAAGAGACGAUGGCCCAGAUCCGCCAGCGCCGGCUCGCAAAACUCGGUGGCCCGUCGAGCUCAAGCGUCCCCCGCGCCGGUUCCCCCGCCACUGAGACCCCUCCGACAUCUAGUACCCCCCAGCCGAGCACAACACCAAGCCAGCCCACCCCCGCCGAGAACCGGGCCCGGAUCAACAUGACCUCUUCCUCCUCUGCAACGCCGUCUACCCCGAAACCCCUCAGUCGGCCAGGCAGCACGCCCGCUACCACUACCACCUCCAACAACAACAACAACAACAACAACAGCGCCAUCUCACGGGGCAAGCGCCAGGCCUCCGACGCCGCAGGCUCACCAGCCAGCGCCCCACCCAAGAAACAGACCAACGCCACGGCGACACCGGAAAGCAUCGAGGACUAUGCCGACCGGGUGCUCACGUCCAUUUUCCGCAUCACGGUCGACCCGAACCGCACGACGGACGGCCAGGGGCAUAAUCUGACCUUUUUGCCGAACUUGAGCGCCGAGUUGGCUGCUGAGGCGGAUGAGGAGGGGCAACAACAGCAGCAAGAAGGGGGUACAGGACAGGAAGGACUGGGCCGGGGGCUGAAGUUGUCUGUUGGUAGGUUGGAGGAGGCGAUCAUGGAGGCGGCGACGGCGGUGCCGCAUGAGCGGCCGCUGUUUGAGUACCUGCUGCCGUGCUGGAAGCGGGUGGUGCGGAUUUUGAAGUUGUUCCGUGGCCCGGCGCCGGAGAAGGAGGCGUUGUUGAAGGAGGCGAGGCGGUUGUGUUUUAGCAACUGUAUCUUUGCUUUGACGGUGCCGGAGUUGUUUAGCCGAGAUCCGAACCCGCUUCAUGAUACCCUCGUGCCGUAUCUGCUUCGGGAGGUUGACACGGACAAUGGACUGUGCAUGGAGUUCUUUGGGGAAGCCGUGGCGCGGUUGGAAGAGGACGACACGAUUGCGCCGCUGUUUACUAAGGCGAUGACGGAUAUUUCGAGCAAGCUGGCUACGUUGAGCAUGAAUGACGACUACAAGCCUUGUGUCAAUGCCCUUUUGACAUACUCGAGGUUCCCGCCUCUCCUCAACGCGGUCGCCCAACAUCCGUGCUUCCAGAUGGCCCAAUCUGCGCCAGGCAUCGAGAAGAACACCAUACUGGGACCUUUCUUUAGGAUAUCGCCGCUCCAGCCGGAGGUCACGACAGUCUACUUUGCGGGGCCGAGGACGAUGGACAAGGGGCGCAUCCAAACGUCGCAGAGUGCUCUACAGAUGACUCUACAGGCGCAUCAGUCGGAUCUCAAGACGGUCGUCAACGCCUUUAUCCGUGCCAGUCCGCAGGCCAGGAACAAGGUGCUCGAUUGGUUUGCCUAUAUCAUGAACGCCAACCAGAAACGCAGGGGGUUGCAAGUCGACCAGCGGGAAGUCUCGUCGGACGGGUUCAUGGUCAACGUUACGGUCAUCCUCGACACGCUGUGCGAGCCAUUCAUGGACAGCACGUUCUCGAAGGUGGGACGCAUUGACGUCGACUACUUCCGGAGAAAGCCGAGGCUCGACAUCAAGGAGGAGACCAAGCUGAAUGCGGACCAGGCGCAGUCGGAUGCUUUUUACGCUAAGAAGCUGGAUGGGGAAUCCAAUUUCAUCACCGAGAUUUUCUUCCUCACGCUGGCGGCGCAUCACUAUGGCAGCGAGGCGGCCAAUGCGAAGUUGAAGGGUUUCGACCGGGACAUCAAGCACUAUGAGAAAAACAUUGCCAUGAUGGAAGCCGAGCGGCAUAAGUUACUCGCCCGGCCCGACCAGCUCAAGCUGCUGGAUGCGGCGCUCAAGCGCCACGUCCUGCUUCUCGAGCGGGUCAUGGCGAUGAAGUUCUCGGUCGAGGGCGUGUUACUGGAGCAAAAGAUGCAGAGCCGGUCGCUGCAGUUCAUGCGGUACGUCACGGUGUGGCUGCUCCGUGUGGCCAGCCAGACCGAGUACACCCCCGACAAGCCGCUGAAGCUGCCACUGGCGGCCGAGCAGCCCGAGGCGUUCAAGUGCCUGCCCGAGUACGCGCUGCAGGACGUGGUGGACAAUUUCAAAUUUGUCUUCCGCUACAUCCCGCAGAUCGUGCUCUCCGCUGCGGGCGACGAGAUGAUUGCGCUGUGCAUCACGUUCUUGGAGUCGUCCGAGUACGUCAAGAACCCGUACCUGAAGUCGUCGCUGGUCACGCUGCUAUUCCAGGGCACGUGGCCGACGUAUCAUCUGCAGAAGGGGGUGCUGGGAGAUCUCAUGACCAGCACCAAGUUUGCGAACGACUACCUGUUGCAUGCGGUGAUGAAGUUUUACAUUGAGUGCGAGUCGACGGGGGUGAGCUCGGCGUUUUACGACAAGUUCAACAUUCGAUACGAGAUUUUCCAGGUUAUUAAGACGGUCUGGACGAAUGAUGUGUAUCGGCAGCAGUUGGUUCAGUCUAGCAAAUCGAACCGCUCGUUCUUCGUACGCUUUGUGAACCUGCUGAUGAACGACGCAACGUACGUCCUGGACGAAGGGUUGAGUAAGUUCCCAAAGAUCCACGACCUGCAAGGUCGACUGCGAGACCCGAACCUAUCCCAGGAAGACCGCGAGAAAACAGAAGAGGAGCUACACACGGCAGAGAACCAGGCCACGUCCUACAUGCAGCUAGCCAACGAAACAGUCGGCAUGAUGAAGCUGUUCACCACAACCCUCAGCGAGUCGUUCACAAUGCCCGAGAUCGUGCAGCGCUUAGCCGGCAUGCUGGACUACAACCUCGAGAUCCUAACAGGACCCAAAUCCAAAACCCUCAAGGUCGAAAACGCAGAAAAGUACUACUUCAACCCCAAAACCCUCCUCCCCGAGCUAGUCGACAUCUACCUCAACCUCGGCUCCUCCCCCUCCUUCAUCGGCGCCGUCGCCGCCGACGGCCGCUCCUACAACCCCGCCACCAUGGCCACGACGGCCAACAUCCUCCGCACCAAGCAUCUCAAAGACGAAAAAGACAUCCAAUCCUGGGAUGUGCUAGCCGCGCAGAUCGAAUCAGCCAAAGAAGCGCUAGACCGCGCCGAAGCGGACUUCAGCGAUGCCCCCGCGGAGUUUGAGGACCCGAUCAUGGGGAUUUUGAUGGAGGACCCUGUGGUGUUGCCGUCGAAGCAUGUGGUGGAUCGGUCGACGAUUAUGCAGCAUUUGUUGAGUGAUCCGAAGGAUCCGUAUACCAGGCAGCCGAUGACUAUUGAGGAUGUUGUGCCGGAUGAGGGGUUGAAGGCGAGGAUUGAGGCGUGGAAGGCGGAGAAGAGGGCGGCGGCUGUGGGGGAUGUUAUGGAUACUACGCAGUAG